GCUUCCUAUGGAGAUCCGCCCCUGAAUCUGAAUGUGGGCGAGUCUCAGGGUGGGCUCUCCCCAGCCUCCACCUCUCCACGUCCUUCCCCGGACCUUGGAGGUCCUGAUCCUGGAAGCAAUUUGGGAAAAGGUUUAGGCGUGACUCUCGCACUAUUUAAGCGGCUCCAAAGGAGUCAAGUCAGAGCUACCGCCAGGGACGAUUAUUCUUCAAUUGCUUUUCCCCCAGCUUUAUUUUCCCCCUUCCCUUUUUAAGAAAAAAGUGUGGUUCCUUCCAAGAUGGAUUCUUUCCCCCCGUUCAAGCACCGAAAAACCUUCGCCUCCAGGAAAAGUGAAGUGGCCACAAUCCGGAUGAAGUUUCCUGGCAAACUGCCGAUAAUCCUGGAGCGCUACCCCAAGGAGAAAAUGUUGCCAGCCUUGGACAAGACCAAGUUUCUGGUCCCCGAAGACCUCACCAUGGGCCAGUUCAUCACAAUCAUCCGCAACCGAAUGUGCAUCGGGUCCACUCAGGCAUUCUACUUCCUGGUCGACGGCAACCGCAGCCUUGUCAGCAUGUCUUCCACCAUGUCUGAAGUGUACAUGACGUAUAAAGAUGAAGAUGGCUUCCUCUAUAUGACCUAUGCCUCUCAGGAGAUGUUCGGCUGAUGGCAAAUGGGUCCCGGGUUCCUCGUUUAUUUUGUCUGGGAGAUGUGUGAUCACCUGGAUUUUGGACACCAACUACCUCUCCCCACCCCCUAC